CCCCGCGUGUGUGCACCUCAUCUCAGCUGGUCCGCCCGAGACCCCCUGAGCGCCAACCCUAUUCCCCCGCGCGGUCCCAUUUCCGCUCCAACAAGAUGAAAGAAACUAUCAUGAACCAGGAGAAACUCGCCAAGCUGCAAGCACAAGUGCGCAUUGGUGGGAAAGGAACUGCUCGCCGAAAGAAGAAGGUGGUUCAUAGAACGGCUACAGCAGAUGAUAAAAAACUUCAGUUCUCCUUAAAGAAGUUCGGGGUAAACAAUAUCUCUGGUAUUGAAGAAGUGAAUAUGUUCACAAACCAAGGAACAGUGAUCCACUUUAACAACCCCAAAGUUCAGGCAUCACUGGCAGCGAACACUUUCACCAUUACAGGCCAUGCUGAGACAAAGCAGCUGACAGAAAUGCUACCCAGUAUCUUAAACCAACUUGGUGCAGACAGUCUGACUAGUUUAAGAAGACUGGCUGAAGCUCUGCCCAAACAAUCUGUGGAUGGAAAAGCACCAAUUGCUACCGGAGAGGAUGAUGAUGAUGAAGUUCCGGAUCUUGUGGAGAAUUUUGAUGAAGCUUCUAAGAAUGAAGCAAACUGA